AUGGCGACAAUCAAUACCAUCAUGGUGGUCAGCUCAUCAGUUGCAAUAUUGAGGUUGCUCAACAGAUCCAACAAGUCAGCGGCGGAACUAGGCUCAAAGGGUUACGUGUGUUUGGAGACGUGUGAUAGAAUAGUUGGGACACCAUGGCAGCGAACGAUCGGAAGAAGCAAGGCGGUGAUGGUCGAUGUUCUUCUUCUCGGUGAAGAAUCACGCCUCCUUUCCUUCUCCAUUUUGUUUUGCUGCUACGUCGUCGGUGCCGCUCCGGCGGCUGUUCCGUUGCCACCAUCUCGUCUGAGUGUCACACGUCACCGUGAGGGUGGUUGA